CGGCGGCCGCGGUGGUGGAAGAGUUCGGGGCCCUCGGAGGUGAAUGGGACGGGGAAGCCGCCGUCGCCGCGGAUGCAGGAGCAGCCUCCGCGGCGGCCGUGGGCGAGGUUGCUCGCGCAGUACCCACAGGUGCGUGUGCCUCGUGCGUGGGUGUUUGACUUCUUUGGUGAUUCUGCUUUUGCCUCUCGAUGGUUCUUCGGGGGGUUUUUGGCAUCGUGGUCUUCGGCGUGGUGGUGAAGUCCAAACACAGCGACAUUUGCGCAAUUUCUUGAUGGUUCUUUGUGGGUUUGGCUAUUUGCAGUUCUUGUGCUAUGCUAGAUGUUGCUUCCGGUCAACUGCACGUGCUCUUGGGGUUUGUCAGGGUCUCAGGGACAGUGUGUCGCUCUGUGCAGUUUAUUGCAUGUUCUUGCAGUUCAGUUGUUAGGAAUUUCGUUGUGAUGUUGAGGGAAUUAGGCUGUACACUGUAGUAUAACUUUUAGUUCUUCCGCAACGGUAUAUGUAGUUGCUUUUGUGAGCAUGUCUCUUCCGAUUCACGAUUGGCUUUGACAUAAUGACAUGUGUUUUGUAGUUGAAGGAGAUGCAACUCUCGGUUGAAAAUACUGAUAGUGUAAAUGCAGAUUACUCUUCGUUCUUGAUAUGCUUGCAGUUUAGUUUGCAACUAAUUUUAUAGUUUUCUGCGCAUCGCUUAACGAUUCUGAUGUUAUAUGUCUGCUGUACGGUCGCUUUUCUGUGGCCAUAAUUAUUAACAUCAUGGGCCGUUGGAACUCUUAAAAUUAUCACUUAUGAUUCGUAUGAGGCUCCCAGUAGAAAGUCAAUUCUCGGUGUGAAGACCAGAAGCAACUCUCUGUUUUUCUUGUAAAAAAAAAAUUGGACAAAAUAUCUUCAUGGGCUUCUCUGCAUUUCAAGUGUGAAUUAACCUACUGCUCAUGUUCUUAUCUUUGGCGAUAAAAUUUCUGUUGGCAGAUGUGACAACUGUCAUAUCUGUUUGGAUGACCAAGCUGUUACCGGAAAGCUAUGCAUGUUGCGACAUCUUCAGCAAGGAGGUCCUUGUGAGUUAAAGGUCACAGGCCAAGGUUUGGUUGUAGUAAAUGGAACACGCAUCAUCCCAGGUGCCAAAGUUCCCCUCAGAGGAGGGGAUGAGGUUAUGUUCGGUCGAGGUGCCAAGCAUGCCUAUAUUUUUGAGCAUCCUCUGAGGGAUACUGAAGUUACUAAUGCAGUGCUGAUUGGUACUCAAAAUUUAGCUGACACUGGGCCCACUAUAUUAGCAUCUGGGUGUAACAAUCUGAAGGAGCCGUUAGUAGAAUCUGCUCCAGAAAAUCAGAGCGAUUUCAGGUGUCCUAAUCCACCAGUCACUUUACCUCCCAGCGGAUGGCAAACCUUUAAGGAUGGGCUGAAACAAGGAAUUCUUAACCCAAAGGAUAUUGAUGUAAACCUUGAUCAUUUCCCAUAUUAUCUCAGUGAGAGUACAAAAGAGAUACUCUUGUCAUAUGCACUCCCACACUUACAGAAGUUCGGGAAAUCCUUACCAAAAAUUCGAUCUCUAAAUCAGCGAAUUCUAUUAUCUGGUCCAUCAGGGUCUGAAAUUUACCGGGAAAAACUGAUAAUGGCGCUUGCAAAGCAUUUUGAUGCUAGACUUCUCAUACUUGAUUCUCUUACGCUGCAGACAUCUUCCAACGAUGCCAAGCUGGAUGAUGCACCUUGUAGUUCAAGAGAUAUUGAGGGGACAUCCAACAUAAACACAUUCAGAGAAGGGGAUAGGGUCGAGUAUAUUGGUAAUGGUUCCUUAAAUUUGAUACUAAGGGGCCCUGCUUAUGGUUCUCGAGGCAAAGUUGUGCUUGUGUUUGAAAAAAACCGGUUGUCUAAAGUUGGAGUUAGAUUCGACUUUCCUAUCACUUAUGGUAAUGAUCUUGGAGGUUUGUGUGAGGAAAAACACGGCUUCUACUGUCAUGCUGUUCAACUCCGUCUAGAUUCUUCUGGUGGUGAAGAAGUUGAUAGUGUUGCUUUGGGGAAGUUAAUGGAGGUAGAGGUCAUUUCAGAAGAAAGCGAAAGCAGUAAUUUGAUUGUGUUACUCAAGGAUGUAGAGUUAUUAGCCAAAUCUGGAGAAUUACAUGCAUCAUUGAGAAGUGACCUUCCACGUGGUGUUCUGAUAAUUGGGUCUCACACUCAGGCAGAUAGCCGCAAUGAUCAGUCACAUCCUGGAGGAUUUCAUGUUCCAUGGAUACUUAGUGGCAACCAGGCAGUACUUAACAAUGUCCAGAAAACCUUGGGAACUGGAUCGCAUGAGAUAAGCAGGAGUGCUACAAAUUCAGAGGAACAUCUAAAUAAUCUAUUCCCUAAUAAAAUUAGUAUUAAACUUCCCCAGGAUGAAGCACUGCUAUCAGAUUUGAAGAAACAACUACAACGUGACACUGAAACCCUUAAAGCUAAAUCCAAUGUUUUUAAUAUUCGUAAGUUUCUGACCAGCAGAGAAAUCGAAUGCAAUGAUUUUCAAGAAUUAUCUAUCAAAGAUCGAUUACUAACUAAUGAAGAUGUCGAUAAGAUUCUCGGAUCUGCUAUUAGUCAUCACCUUCAGCACAAUAAACCCCCAACUGAUGGCAAAAUGAUACUUCAAAUUGAAAGCCUCAAGCAUGGAUUGGAUAUGUUACAGAACACACUUAGGGGAAGUAAGAGGUCAAAGAAUACACAAAAGGAUGCAGUCACAGAGAAUGACUUUGAAAAAGAAGUCCUUUCAAAUGUUCUCUCACCUAAUGACACUGGAAUUACCUUUGAGGACAUUGGAGCCCUGGACAAUGUGAAAGAGACACUGAAGGAAUUAGUUAUGCUCCCUCUACAAAGGCCUGAACUGUUCAGCAAAGGGCAGCUAAGAAAGCCUGUGAAGGGAAUACUGCUCUUUGGACCUCCUGGAACAGGUAAAACAAUGCUUGCAAAAGCGGUAGCUACUGAGUCAGGUGCAAACUUUAUCAAUGUAUCAAUGUCAAUCAUUACCUCAAAGGUGUUUGGAGAAUCAGAGAAAUAUGUGAAGGCUGUUUUCUCUUUGGCUAGCAAAAUAUCUCCUGCAGUAAUAUUUGUUGAUGAGGUUGACAGUUUGCUAGCAAAGAGAGGAAGCGAAAGAGAGCACGAAGCAAUGCGCAAGAUUAAAAAUGAAUUUAUGGUAAAUUGGGAUGGUUUGCGCACUAAAGAGCAAGAACGCGUACUUGUUCUUGGAGCCACAAAUAGGCCAUAUGAUCUUGAUGAUGCUGUUAUUCGAAGGUUUCCUCGCAGAAUAAUGGUGAGCCUUCCUGAUGCAUCGAAUAGAGAGAAGAUUUUGAAAGUCCUACUAUCCAAAGAAACGUUGACACCAGAUGUGGAUCUUGAGUCAGUUGCCAAUAUGACUGAAGGAUAUUCAGGGAGUGAUUUGAAGAAUCUCUGUAUAACUGCGGCGUAUUGCCCCAUUCGUGAAAUUCUUGAGAAGGAAAAGAAGGAGAAGAGCUCGGCGAUAGCUGAAGGUAGGCCUGAGCCUCCGUUGUAUGGAAAGGAGGACGUUCGGCCACUUCAGAUGGAUGACUUGAAAUUUGCGCUUGGCCAGGUGUGUGCUAGCUUGUCACCUGAUUCAGCAUCCAUAAACCAAAUCGUACAGUGGAACAACGAGUUUGGAGAUGGCGGAUCAAGAAAGAAGGAAACACUGUCCUACUUCGUGUAGUUGAACAUAGAGAACAAACAGCAUGUGUACAGUUGCUAUACCUCCCAAACUGGGCAUGUCCUCCCAAGUCGCCAUGCCCCAAAUCAGUCGGGGUUUUUCUCUGCUACAUACAGCAGCAGCUGCCUCUGACGCCCCCCUGUAAUUAGCUUGAUUAGCCUACUGAAGUACUCGUAUCUGAGUGUCAGGAUUGAUAUGAUUUUUUGAUAUUCUAACCAUCUAUAAUCAUUGCCCCCCCUAUACCUUACUUUCCUUCUUUUUACAACCUUUCUACUUCUGUUCUGCGAAUUGGCUUAGGCCUUGUACAUGUAAAGAACAGAGAUAAUGGGAAUGUACAUAAGAGAUCGCCAAUUGGUUUCAAUUUGAUUGAUUAUUUCA